AGCCCUACGCCAGCCAUGGCUGCGGCGCCCACUCAGCCCCAGUCCAGUGAGGGGCGCUGGAGUCUGCAGUCAGAGCCCCCUGGACUUCAUCUCACAGCUCCCCUCCCACCAGGGCCCAGCAUGGCCGCACCCACUCUGGGCCCAGGGGCAAGGCCCAGUACCACACCCCCCAGCAGGGCGUGGACUCCUACCCAAGAGGGUCCUGGAGACAUGGGCAGGCCGUGGGCUCCAGAGCCCAUGUCCCAUACCACAGGGCUCGCGGUCGAAGGGACCAUUGCCACCGCCACCGCUUCAGGGGAUGAUGAGGAGAGUACCACCACCACCACCAUCGUCACCACCACCAUCACCACAGUCCAGCCACCAGGCUCUUGUAACUGGAAUUUCUCAGGCCCAGAGGGUUCUCUGGACUCCCCCAGAGGCCCCAGCUCACCCCCUGAUGUCAGUCUGGACUGUUUCUACUACAUCUCUGUCUACCCUGGCUAUGGUGUGGAAAUCAAGGUCCAGAACAUCAGCCUCCGGGAAGGGGAGACCAUGACUGUGGAGGGCCUGGGGGGCCCUGACCCACUGCCCCUGGCCAACCAAUCUUUCCUGCUUCGAGGCCAAGUCAUCCGCAGCCCCACCCACCAAGCAGCCCUGAGGUUCCAGAGCCUCCCACCACCUGCUGGGCCUGGCACCUUUCAUUUCCACUACCAAGCCUAUCUCCUGAGCUGCCGCUUCCCCCAGCGUCCCGCUUAUGGACAUGUGACUGUCACCAGCCUCCACCCCGGAGGCAGUGCCCGCUUCCACUGUGCCACCGGCUACCAGCUGAAGGGCGCCAGGCUCCUUACCUGUCUCAAUGCCACUCAACCCUUCUGGGAUUCCCUGGAGCCUGUCUGCAUUGCUGCCUGCGGUGGAGUGAUCCGCAAUGCCACCACCGGCCGCAUCGUGUCUCCCGGCUUCCCCGGCAACUACAGCAACAACCUCACCUGCCACUGGCUGCUUGAGGCUCCAGAGGGCCAGCGGCUACACUUGCACUUCGAGAAGGUUUCCUUGGCGGAGGAUGACGACAGGCUCAUCAUUCGUAAUGGAGACAACGUGGAGGCCCCACCUGUGUACGAUUCCUACGAGGUGGAAUACCUCCCCAUCGAGGGCCUGCUCAGCUCUGGCAGACACUUCUUUGUGGAGCUCAGUACUGAUAGCAGCGGGGCGGCCGCAGGCAUGGCCCUGCGUUAUGAGGCCUUCCAGCAGGGCCACUGCUAUGAGCCUUUUGUCAAAUACGGCAACUUCAGCAGCAGUGCGCCCUCCUACCCUGUGGGUACCACUGUGGAGUUCAGCUGUGACCCUGGCUACACACUGGAGCAGGGCUCCAUCAUCAUUGAGUGUGUCGACCCCCACGACCCCCAGUGGAAUGAGACAGAGCCUGCCUGCCGAGCCGUGUGCAGCGGGGAGAUCACAGACUCGGCCGGCGUGGUGCUCUCCCCGAACUGGCCAGAGCCCUACGGCCGUGGGCAGGACUGCAUCUGGGGUGUGCACGUGGAAGAGGACAAGCGCAUCAUGCUGGACGUCCGAGUGCUGCGCAUAGGCCCUGCUGACGUUCUUACCUUCUACGACGGCGACGACCUGACAGCCCGGGUCCUGGGCCAGUACUCAGGGCCCCGGGGCCACGUCAAGCUCUUCACCUCCAUGGCUGAUGUCACUAUCCAGUUCCAGUCGGACCCCGGGACCUCGGUGCUGGGCUAUCAGCAGGGCUUUGUCAUCCACUUCUUUGAGGUGCCUCGCAAUGACACAUGUCCGGAGCUGCCAGAGAUCCCCAAUGGCUGGAAGAGCCCGUCACAGCCGGAGCUGGUACAUGGCACGGUGGUCACUUACCAGUGCUACCCUGGCUACCAGGUGGUGGGAUCCAGUGUCCUCAUGUGCCAGUGGGACCUCAGCUGGAGCGAGGACCUGCCCUCGUGCCAGAAGGUGACUUCCUGCCGUGACCCUGGGGACGUGGAGCACAGCCGACGCCUUAUAUCCAGCCCCAAGUUUCCUGUGGGGGCCACUGUGCAGUAUAUCUGUGACCAGGGUUUUGUACUGACGGGCAGCGCCAUCCUCACCUGCCAUGACCGCCAGGCUGGCAGCCCCAAGUGGAGUGACCGGGCCCCCAAAUGUCUCUUGGAACAACUCAAGCCAUGCCAUGGCCUCAGUGCCCCCAAGAAUGGUGCCCGCAGUCCUGAGAAGCGGUUACACCCAGCAGGCGCCACCGUCCACUUCUCCUGUGCUCCUGGCUAUGUGCUCAAGGGCCAGGCCAGCAUCAAGUGUGUGCCUGGACACCCUUCACAUUGGAGUGACUCUCCACCCAUCUGUAGGGCUGCCUCUCUGGAUGGGUUCUACAGUGGCCGUAGCUUGGAUGUUGCCAAGAGCCCUGCAGCCCCCAGCACCCUGGAUGCUGCCCACAUUGCUGCUGUCAUCUUCCUGCCGCUGGUGGCGAUGGUGCUGUUGGCGGGAGGCGUGUAUCUCUACUUCUCAAGGCUGCAGGGGAAGAGCCCUCUGCAGCUUCCCGGGACACGUCCUCGCCCCUACAACCGCAUCACUGUGGAGUCAGCGUUUGACAAUCCGACCUACGAAGCUGGAUCUCUUUCCUUUGCAGGAGACGAGAGAAUAUGA